AUGCCCCCUAAACCUUCAGCUCCCACUCUUGACCCCCAUUCCCCUAAACCUUCAACUCCCACUCUUGACCCCCAUCCCCCUAAUCCUUCAGCUCCCACUCUUGACCCCCAUCCCCCUAAACCUUCAGCUCCCACUCUUGACCCCCAUCCCCCUAAACCUUCAGCUCCCACUCUUGACCCCCAUCCCCCCAAACCUUCAGCUCCCACUCUUGACCCCCAUCCCCCUAAACCUUCAGCUCCCACUCUUGACCCCCAUGCCCCUAAACCUUCAGCUCCCACUCUUGUCCCCCAUUCCCCUAAACCUUCAGCUCCCACUCUUGACCCCCAUCCCCCCAAACCUUCAGUUCCCACUCUUAUGCCCCAUCCCCCUAAACCUUCAGCUCCCACUCUUGUCCCCCAUUCCCCUAAACCUUCAGCUCCCACUCUUGACCCCCAUCCCCCAAACCUUCAGUUCCCACUCUUGUGCCCCAUCCCCCCUAAACCUUCAGUUCCCACUCUUGACCCCCAUCCCCCUAAACCUUCAGCUCCCACUCUUGUCCCCCAUCCCCCUAAACCUUCAGUUCCUACUCUUGACCCCCAUCCCCCUAAACCUUCAGCUCCCACUCUUGACCGCCAUCCCCCUAAACCUUCAGUUCCCACUCUUGACCCCCAUCCCCCCAAACCUUCAGCUCCCACUCUUGACCCCCACCCCCCUAAACCUUCAGCUCCCACUCUUGUGCCCCAUCCCCCUAAACCUUCAGCUCCCACUCUUGACCCCCAUCCCCCUAAACCUUCAGCUCCCACUCUUGUGCCCCAUUCUUUCCUGUCAUUUGUGCUCUACUAUCCCUCUUGUUAA